GCUGCAGUAGCACUACGCAGUUAUCCAGUGUUUCGCAGGCCUGCUAGCUCUUUCAUGUCACUUUACAUGGCUCAAUUGUCGGGCUCCCCUCUCCCUACUGCACGGAGCUGGGCUACUCGCUUGCCUUCAGGAUCGCAAUACCCUCUUUUUUUUCUUUCGCUUUUCUAUUGGACAAGCGCACGCCCACACAGUCGCAAAUUUGAUCCUUUUUAACAAAAACACAGCACACUACACCUUACACACAUACACACAAUCACACAAACGCGGCGGCGGCGUGAGAACGGGUGGGAGGUGUGCCCCUAUGUUUACUUGUUUACCACCGCGCCUAUACUUUUCGCUUUCCCCGUUGUAACAUGCUUUCGGACAACAUGCGCUGAAGAUAGCGGGUUAAGCAGCAGCAGCAAUCAGCACAAGCAAUUUUUUCAUUGCGUCACACUUUCUUUAACUUGAACCACCUUCUGGGGUCGCACCACCGUGUAAUCAGCCUUUGCGGUUCACUCUUAGCCCUUUCUGCUGCUGCCCCCUUUCGCUUCCUUGCGACUCAACAGGAAAACCCCAUCGCUCACAGAUCGGCAGGCCGCGAAAAAUUCACCCCGUCUGCGUGCGCGGCGAUAGUGGUGGUAGUACAACGCAAUUCGAGGCCCUUGUUUUGUACACUAGCUGCUGCUGACCGUCGUGGAUACGUCGCACCACACAGAAAAAUCAAACGCUGAUUGCACAUAAAAACACACAUACACACACGCGCGCUAGGGAACAUAAAAACACUGCAACUCGUCGUCUGCUGUGUGUGGCUACUUAAACUACUGUAGCCACACGGCCGCAAAGCGCACAAUAGCGACGAUUGAUUUAGCUACGCGGUGAUUAAUCUAAAACACCUGACACCGUUCCCUUCUAAACCAUAUUCCAGCGGGACACACACUAGCGAAUUCCUCCGUUUUCCGCAAUGGAAUUGUUUAAAGGUCUCUUCUUGGAAUCUGUUCGCUCCAAACGUCAAACCGCUCGGUACAGUGGACUUAUGCGAAUGGAGCAAGGGGACAAAAUUGAUCAUGUUUAUUUUAUACGCUCUUAUUUCUCUGUUUAUUUUACUGGUUUUCAGUUUUUUUCACUUACGACUGAAGUGAAAAUCGUAUCUAAAUCGGAUCUCUGCACUUUAUCUUGUUUUUAUUCGCUUAUUCCUUACUUUUUGUUGUGACCAAACAGACCCAUCACUACACACUGAGCCACUAGUGCGUUGACAGCCUGCGGUUGACUGAGCAACUUCCACCUGUUAUCUGUCAAAAUGCUCCAGUUGCUCACUUUGCUUCAAUCGCAGAUUUUCCGAUACUCAGCGUCGUGCAAACAUAAACCAACCCAUUUUAUAAGCUCCCCAAAAAAUCGUUCCACAAUUUGCGCUGGAAUCGUGACAAUAUUUGGUGAAAAACAUCGACUCUCCAUUUUCCGAUGACCAAAACCCAGCACUUCGUGCCAAUCGGGGGCGCUUUGACGUGCCAGUUUGACGUUUGCUGCGUGCGUGAUUGAAACAAAAAGCGACGUUCAAGUCCAUUUUCCCAUUUUCCCGUUUUCGUUUUACGUUGUUACGCUAGACAGUAGAAAAAACCUCCACAGAACGGUGUGGCAAAAGGAAAGUUUUUUUUAAAUAAUUUCAUCUUUCGUCGGCUUUAUUACCAACUCCGGAACGGUGCGUAGGCUCGCACAGCCUGUCGAAACUUUGCCAGCACCCGUGUGUUGGUGUGUUAUCCUCUGCCGCGUUGUUCGCUUGCUAUUAGCAAGUUUUCAUCGUCAUCGGACUCAUCAUAUCGCAUACGCGAAUCGAAGCAAGGAGCACCACCACCGCCGUGUUACCGCCACCUUCAGAUCCGUUCUCGCCUUUCGCCUUGACUCGAUUGCUCCGUGCUUCGAGCCAGUUCUUCAACCGCGGCGACCGCGAACCCAGCUGCAUGCGAAUUGAUUCUAGGGCUCGUGUGAAAGUGUCGGAUUUGGAAAUCGUGCACUGCCGGGUGUGAAUUGUACGCUUUGUGAGGACCUCGCCGCGGAACGGAGUGUUUUUUUUGUCUCUCCCGUUUGCACCUCGCCCUGACAGAUCACAAAGCAACCGUGUAGUGUCGACGACCCGGACUCCCCACAGCAGCAGCAGCACCAGCAGUAACAGCAGUAACAGCAGUUUCAGUGCCCAAAGUCCAACGAAGUAACAGCAGCAGCAGAGAUGGCGAAAACGUACGACUAUCUGUUCAAACUUUUACUGAUCGGCGAUUCCGGCGUUGGCAAAACCUGCAUACUGUUCCGCUUUUCGGAGGAUGCCUUCAAUACCACAUUCAUCAGUACAAUCGGUAUCGAUUUCAAAAUCCGAACAAUCGAUCUGGACGGGAAAAAGAUAAAACUGCAAAUAUGGGACACAGCGGGACAGGAACGAUUCCGUACAAUCACGACCGCCUAUUACCGGGGAGCCAUGGGCAUCAUGCUGGUAUACGACAUCACACAGGAGAAAUCGUUCGAGAACAUUAAAAACUGGAUUAGAAACAUCGAAGAAAAUGCGGCAGCCGACGUGGAAAAGAUGCUGCUCGGCAAUAAGUGUGAGCUUAAUGAAAAAAGACAGGUUACCCGAGUCCGUGGUGAACAGCUAGCUGUAGAGUAUGGUAUUAAAUUUAUGGAAACAUCUGCGAAGGCAAGCAUCAACGUGGACGACGCGUUUUUCACUCUUGCCCGGGAUAUUAAGUGUAAAAUGGAAAAGCGAAUGGAAGCAAACAACCCACCGAAAGGUGGCCAUCAGCUUAAGCCGCAGGUCGAACCACGGAAGGCACCGAGUUGGUUAUCGAAGUGCAAUCUGUUUUGACCUUGCAAUAGUCCUAUUAAUAAUUAUUACUUUUUUAUAUAACACACUAAAUAAUAAUUAUCACUAUUAUUAUUUAAAAUGUAUGUAAACGGCUGGUGUCGAGGGACAACGGAUUCGCAAAUGCAACAUUCAUCACUACACGUCACAUUCUCUCUCUCACACACACACACACACACACAUACACACCGAAAUGGGGUGGAAGGGAGAAAGAUUUCUCCUCUUCACUUGAUUUUGCCCGAAAUGUAAAAGCGCAAAACAAACGAAGCGUUUUCACGCGGACGUUGGCUCAUGGAGUUUGUAAAAUGGAUUCGUCAUACAUAUUCUCAGAUCGAACCGAUUCAAGGGUGGUGAUUUCUGAAAAAAGGCAUUCUUACACUUUAAGAAUGCACACACACACACACUGCGUAAGUUAGGAUGUAUUUUACGACACAAAUCCAUUCGAACGAAAGGAAAACAAAAGCAAUUGAAAGGAAAUCGCUUCGAAACGAAUGUUAGGCUUUUCUGUUUUAGAGUAACGAUGGUUUCGGAAGAGCAUGGAAUUCUAGAACUCAACAUUCAAUAUUCUUCGACAAUGGCUGUAGCUGUUUUUUGGAAGGGAAACAUGUAAAGCAAAGCGCGUCGCUCUAGGAAAUAGAGAUGUCAUCAUUAAACCCCCAUUACCAUCAUGUGUGUAUUUUUGUGCAAAGCCACAAAACACAACGGUGAGAACACUUCAGCGGCAGGGUAGCGGAAUUGUGGGUAGGGGAAGUUUUCCUUUACCAUUCCUUACGCGUCCAUCUGGAUUACGAUCCUUUUCUAUAGGCUCAACACAGACUCCUUUGCUAAAAUCAGUUGAAAAAGUGGCCCCGAAAAAGCAAUAAACGCAUGUAAACAGUCAACAACAAUGGCCAUGCGUCCAGGAGAGCGUAGUCGUCGUACCAAUUACCGCCCAUCAUUCCAUCAGCAACAUAGUUGAUAUUGUUUUAUCGUGUCUCGCGUAAGCUUGCUGACGACCAAGUCGUUGUAACGUAAAUUAUGAUACGUAAACACACCAAUAGGCAGGGCUAAACAAACAUUAUUUGCGGAUUUCGUAUCUCCUCUAGACAUAGUUGUGGUGUGAGCAGUCCAGACCGCAAGAGGUAGACAGAAUGCGAUGCAAACUCCUCCUCGAUCAUUCAUCGUUAUCAUUGCACGAUGCAGCUCCUCCGGUGCCAGAAUCACAGAAUGCAAAACUGUAGUUCCCGUGUCAGUACCAUAACCAUAAUAUCGUGUGCGCUUGGGCAUGUCUGUACUCUGCAGCAAUGGUACAUGUGCGUUUACGUGGCCAGGAACUGGUUGGGAGGGAAAACCUCACGUCGGACCUCUCGUUCUUCUUCGCUCAAUCCUUUCAUUUCAUUCACCCCGCCCACACACACACACACGCGCGAACAUUCAUAUGGUAUACUCUUUUUGAAAGGUCAAAUUAACGUGAUCCGGGGAAUGUGUGGGUUGAUGGAUGUAGAAUUUAAAAAAUAAUAAAAAAAAAAAUCUGAAACGCAUAAAA